GCCCAGCCUGCAGGGGCUGGGCAGCCUGCGGGGGCCGCGCUCCCGGCCCCGGGCUGCCCCCGCAGUGGGUGGUGUCCGGCCGGCCAGGGCGCUGCUCCCCCCUGCGGGCGCAGCCUUCCGAGAGCCGGCGCGCAGUGGAGUGAGCCGGGGCUAUGGAGCCCCCUUUCCCCGCGCUGCUCUGCCUGCUCGGCCUCCUCGCCACCGCCUCCGGAGCAGCCGAGUGCCCUUCCUCUACUUGGAUUCCAUUUAGAAAUAGCUGCUAUAUUUUUCUUCAAGGCACAUUAGAGGAAUUGGACAAUAUUGAUGAAGCCAGAAAUCUCUGUAAAAACAAUGCUUCUGGAGCAGACAUUAUUAGUAUAAAAAAUAAAGAGGAGAAUACCUUUAUACAAGAAACAUUCAAAAAUCACUGGCAAGGCCCUGAUUAUAUUUCACUGGGCAUGUUCUUUGACACAGACGAUGAUGCUUUUAAAUGGUUUGACAAAUCGGAAAUGAAAUUUACCAAUUGGAUUGAAGAGGAGAGCAAUGAGGAUCUCCUGAACACAUGUGCUUCUAUGUACACUAAGUCUGGGGAAUGGAAAAAAAUCAGUUGUGAAGAUCUUCCUCUGACAGGGAUCCUUUGUAAAACAGCCUUUGCAUAUGAAAAGAAGUACUUACCAGAUAAAACUGCUUUGACUACCACCUUGGUCAUAAUUUUUACCAUAGUUGUGACAGUUUCUGCAGCAUUAUUUUGGUUCCUGUACAAAAGAAAUGUGUCUUCUGGAGCUUUAUGUAUAACACACCAUUCAACAGCUGAAAUGCCAUACAGUGAUGAAACUGUUCUAAUAGAUGAAGAAAAUGAGUAUACUGCUUAAAAUGUAAAAUUAUACAAUUUUAUUUUUAUGCCAAAAGUGACAUCUUACCCAUAUUUAGGCUUCAGUCCUGUAAGCACAUGCAUAACUUUACUCACAUAAUAAUGUGCUAGUUGUUAGGACACAGAUAGAGAAGACAGACUAAAAAUAGUCAAAAGUAUUUCCCAUUGGGCUGUCAGAGCUCAUAUUCAAAAUUCUCUCCAAAUGUAUUUAGGGCACCUGGAAAUACCUGGAGUAUGAGUUGGUCUGUCUCAGUGAAGUAUCAUUCUGAAAAGAGCAAGCAUUUAAACAAAUGUUAAGAUUUCAAAAAUUCUGCAGAUUUCCAUAACAGGUUUUAAAUUCAUUUGUUUCAUCUGUGUUCAUGAUUGGUUUUCAUUCCUGUGAAUAUUUUAGCAAAUAAAAGUUUGAAAGACUAGCUCAUUUUAAACAAAUAGUAUAGAAGGAAAAUUUGGAUGUGUUUGCACUGAAACCUUAAUUCAAAGAACUUCCAGUCAAUGCACAGAAAAUGAGCCACGUGAUCUGCAUCCAGUCAAAACAGUCUGAACUUCAAACCAUUCAGACUCAUGAAACUGGUUUAAAAAAAACAAAAAAAACUAUUACCCAAAAUGAGUAAUUUGAGACAAAACUAAGCAAAUUAUCUGCAAACAAUUUAAAAGAGGGAGGUGAAAUUCCUCAAAUUAUUUGCCCAGUUCAAAUUAGGAUUAGAGUUCAAAUGUUCACAAACUCUAAUUUUGUAUUUGCAGCUCAUUGUAGCUGCAGGAUUAAGAUGUCAAGUCUUGGUCCCAGUUGUGCAGACCCUUUAAGUUGCAUAGAAAUCAUUUGGCCUGUGCACAGGAACAGGGGUCUGCCUCCACUGAUCAGGGUUUAGCAGCUAUCAUUUAUAGCUAUGCUUAUUUGAUUGCAAAAUUAGCUUUCUAUACCCUGCAAUAUGUAGUCAUCCUAUUUUUUUUAAGGGGGAAACUAGUGGGCAAACUGCCAAGAGUUCAUCUGGCUAACUUGCAACUGUUUUAAUAUAUAAAACAAAACCGAAAGACUGCUGUGUGCAUGUGUACUCUGUUGCCACAAAUUUUCUUUUCUGCGCUUUAAAAUGUUGCAUUUUACCCAGUGAGACUGCAAAAAGACCAAAACCUUGAGUGAAGAUUCUCAAGGGAGGUCCACAUCUCUGUGAAGCAAAGGAAUUGGUAUUAGAGAAGGUAGAUUUGAUACACACCAAUCAAUAGUCAGUAAAUGAUGUUAAUAGCAUGAUAAGGAACAGAAUAUUUAUAUGUAUACAGUAUGCUUCCUUCAGAACUUAAUGAAAUUAAAUCUUAAUUUCUUGAGCAAGUAGCAGAGAGGUAGCUGUGUUAGCCUGUAUUCACAAAAACAACAAGGAGUCCAGUGGCACCUUAAAGAAAGACUAACAGAUUUAUUUGGGCACAAGCUUUCAUGGGUAAAGCUGUUAGUCUUUAAGGUGCCACCAGACUCCUCGUUGUAUUUCUUGAGCAGAAACUGGAUUGGAACUGCAAAGAAAUGGAGGCUGACCUUAUUCUCUAUAGAUAAUAGGAGCAGUAGGAAAUUUAGCAGUCUUCCUUUUUUGCAGUUCCUCGCCUUCUUAGGUGAUAUGAGCUCAGGUUUUAUAGGCACUCAUCUCUUCCUCAUCAAAUCUUUCUACAAAAUCUAAAUGGUUCAAACAUGAGAAAGCUUCGUGCCUAUUGCUCUUUAUUCACCUGUUGGAGAUUUUCCCUGAAGGGACUUUUGCUGCUCUAAUCCUUUUGUCUGCUAAAAAGAUAUAGGAAUGUUUAAAACAUUUCAUGUGAAUGGCACUAGGGUGUAUGUUGUCUAAGGGCUGAAUAGAAUGUUUGUUGAGGUAGUCAGCUGUAUUCAUUCCUGUAGAGGGACCAGGGAAAAUUCUCAAGGUGCCAUUCAAGUUUGCCUGAGCCUAGCCUUUAAAAGGACAGCACCUAGUGUUAAAGAUACUAAUCAUGAACAAAGUGCACUAAGUAAUUGAAUGGUAGCUCUUCUCUGAGUUUACAGCAGUAUAAGCUACUCCUGCAUGCUGGUGCAGAGUUGAGACAGCUAGAUCUAAGUUUAUAGUUAUAGCCAAAAUGUUGUAGCAAAGCUAAGAGCUUUCAUGGUUUAUGUACAGAAGUUCUGGAUCAAGUGAUCCCCCUUGGCAGCAUUCUCAGCUAUACAAACUAGAGCAAGCAAGCACGCACGCACUGAAGGCAGUACUCCAGUCUGUGGAUUGUCAAGUCACUGAACAAGAGAAACAUCAUUCUCAGAUUCCAUAGACAGAGUAGGAGGAUUGUAUUAAGUGUUCAUAUUCCUGUGAAGUAUAGAUGGGCGUUUAUCCACUUUUGCAAAAAAGAUUAACAUGGGUUAGUGAACCAGAGUUAAACAGUAAUGGAGAUGAUAACUCUAUUAACUUGGGUUAGGAACUUGUUAAAGCCUAUAGGUGAGUGUGGGGUUGAAUUUGAGCUGCUAACUUGAAUUAAAAGCUCAGUGGGCAUGUCUACACUGCUAUCUAAACCCAAGUUGUUUGUUUUAAGUGUAGACAUACAUACCCACAGACAUGACAGCAGUAAUCGUGCUCACUUAUGCAAACUUAAGUAGUAAACCUCACUAGAGGAAAACUAGUCUGUUCAGAGUGCACUACAAAAAAAUGUAUGUAUGUGUAAGCUUCAGUGGUAACAGAGCUAGAUUUUUUUUAAUUUUGUUAAGCAGGCCUCAAGUAAAGUGAGGUAAAAUGGGUAUACAUUAUGGGGGCCUGAUCCACCAGGGGGUCCAGGCAGAGGGCCACAAGCUCAUCCAUCACCAUGAGAAAAAUUUAGGCUAAAAUUUAGAUGUUUGAGUUUGACUAAACAUUACCUCAGUAUGUUUGAUUGUACCUGUGGAUCUAUGUAGCAUCUAGAUCUUGCAAUCUACCUGAGCCAAUCAGAUAUGGGAUUUGAACAGAAGCAAAAUUCUGAACAGUGAGCUAGUCCUCUGGGAUGCCUAAAAGGGUUGAGACACAUAACAGUACCUUCAGACUGCAUAGAGGGCAUUGGUCACUGGUGUAUCAUUAAUAUUGCCAUGUCUGGCUAUAAAUACAAAUCAGACAGCCAGAAACUCCAAGAGUUUAAGGAAAAGAAGCUGAAGUAUGUCAAGGGUCUAAUUUUUCUAGUCAGAUAAGGCCUCAGCCUGGUUCACGCAACGCACAAACUGGGAAACCGGAUGAAGAAAAACAAAUUGUGGUGUUUUCAGUAUAGAGACUGUGGAAAUUAAAGGACAGCAGCCAGAUGAAUAGUGAUUCCAAUCUAAUGACUGCCAAAGGUAAUCAUGGUAACAGUACCAUCAGACUCAAGUUUUCAACAAACAAGAGAAUGUAGUACUGCAUUCCUUACUGAUGCAUGUUGGGGUUUUGUUUUUUUUCCAUCUUUUAAGACUCAGGAUUGUGGCUAAACACAUUAGAUUGUAAAUUUUUUUUUUAUUUGGUGUACUGCAUUUCUUCAAAAUUCAGAAGCUCCAGAAAUCAAGACCAAAAGAUGUGGAUGGCCCUAGUUUUCCUGAAUUUUUUCCUCAAAUGCAAGACUUCAUACAAGAGAAAAAAAAGAUUCUGCAAGGACUAGCGCAAAAAAAAAAAAAUCUACUUUUGGGAAGGAAGCCAUUACUUAAGGAGAUUAACAAAAAUACAAGUAAUUUUCAGUGAAGCAUACAUAGUCUACGAAUUUUUUGUACACUGCCGGUGAUAAGCAGAAGCUGAAAAAAGUUUCAGCAAGCUAGCACUCAAAACUGUAGAUUAUCUACUAUGGCACAGGUAACACUUACGUCAUGUUGUUGUUUUGUCUGUGUGUGACCUCAAGAAAAAAAAAUGUAGUAAGAUAGUUUGUGAUUUUGCUAUGAAAAAGGCCGAACUAAAGUUGUAAAGUGAUUAAGGCCUGUGUGUGCCCUUUCAAAAAUAAAAUAUAAUUUUUUCUUUCA